CUUAGUUUGUCCAUGAACUCCCAGGAGUGUGUUUGUGCACCCCGUUCGGUUCUGUCAAGAAUCAACUCUGUCGUUCCCAUGAUUUGAGCCCGCUUCCCGUCCAGUCCCAGCAUCACCAUGUCCACCGGGUCUCUCAGCGACGUCGACGACGAGCUCUUGGACGGCAUUCUCAAGUUCGGCUCGUCGGGGAAGGACUCCAACGAGAGCACGGAGGAGAGCUCCAACUGCGAGGGCAGCUUCGUCACCGAGGGCAGGAGGAGAGAGACGUCUGGCAAGAAGCGCAAGAGCUCGUCACGCAAAAGAGCGACCAAGGGUGUGGCGCAGCAGGAGGGCAAGCAGGUGCAGAGGAACGCAGCCAACGCGCGCGAGAGAGCCAGGAUGCGCGUGCUGUCCAAGGCGUUCUCGCGACUGAAGACGUCCUUACCGUGGGUACCGCCGGACACCAAGCUCUCCAAGCUGGACACGCUGCGCCUGGCGUCCAGCUACAUCGCGCAUCUCCGGCAGAUUCUGGCUAACGACAAGUACGAAAACGGAUAUACGCACCCAGUUAACCUGACGUGGCCCUUCAUGGUCGCAGGGAAACCGGAGACUGAUCUGAAGGAGAUGCUCAACGGGACUCGGUUGUGCGGAACAACCGCGUCCUGAUGCGAUGAAGUGGGAGAAGCUUUUUGAUUUCUCUCUCUCUCUCUCUCUCUCUCUCUCUUUCUCUCUCUCUCUCUUUCUCUCUCUC